GCCGGUGACAGGGGCAGACGCCGCUGCCCAUGUGGGGGGUGGCGUCCGGAGGAGCCGCUGCUGCGGGGGAGCGAGGGAAAGAAGAAUGCAAAACUGGCAUCAGUACCUGAUAUGGAAAUAUCAUUAGACAUUUGGAAAGGAUGAAGAAAGUCUGAGACUUCAUGAACAAAGAACAAACCCAGAUGAUAUCUCUGAAAGGGGCACUGUCAAGAUACGUUUGGCAGUGAAAAUGGAUUACUUAUUUGGAACAAAUAUGCCUAUAUGAGAAGAUCCCAAUUCCAAACAGUUUAAACAUUAGUCCUUCUUCAGGAACAGUAUGGCAGGCUUCAAACGAGGGUAUGAUGGAAAAAUUGCUGGACUGUAUGAUUUGGAUAAAACCUUGGGCAGAGGCCACUUUGCUGUGGUCAAACUUGCCCGGCAUGUCUUUACAGGUGAAAAAGUAGCAGUGAAAGUAAUUGACAAGACCAAACUGGACACUCUGGCCACUGGGCAUCUUUUCCAAGAAGUUAGAUGCAUGAAACUAGUGCAGCAUCCCAAUAUUGUUCGUCUGUAUGAAGUGAUUGACACCCAGACCAAACUUUACCUUAUCUUGGAGCUUGGUGAUGGAGGAGAUAUGUUUGAUUACAUCAUGAAACAUGAAGAGGGACUUAAUGAGGACCUGGCUAAGAAAUACUUUGCUCAGAUAGUUCAUGCUAUAUCUUAUUGCCAUAAACUACAUGUAGUUCACAGAGACUUAAAACCAGAAAAUGUUGUCUUCUUUGAAAAACAAGGACUUGUGAAAUUGACUGACUUUGGCUUCAGCAACAAAUUUCAGCCUGGAAAGAAGCUCACUACCAGUUGCGGAUCUCUAGCAUAUUCUGCUCCUGAAAUUCUACUUGGGGAUGAGUAUGAUGCACCAGCAGUGGAUAUAUGGAGCCUGGGUGUUAUCCUAUUCAUGUUGGUAUGUGGACAACCACCAUUCCAAGAAGCAAAUGACAGUGAAACACUGACUAUGAUCAUGGACUGCAAAUACACAGUGCCAUCGCAUGUGUCCAAAGAAUGUAAAGAUCUAAUUACACGGAUGUUGCAGAGAGACCCAAAGCGAAGAGCAUCUUUGGAAGAGAUUGAAAAUCAUCCAUGGCUCCAAGGAGUUGACCCAUCGCCUGCAACAAAGUACAAUAUUCCUCUGGUUUCAUACAAAAAUCUUUCUGAGGAAGAACACAAUGGUAUAAUACAACGCAUGGUCCUUGGUGAUAUAGCAGAUCGAGAUACAAUAGUAGAGGCCCUGGAAACUAACAAAUACAAUCACAUCACUGCUACUUACUUCUUACUAGCUGAGAGGAUUCUGAGAGAGAAACAGGAGAAAGAAAUUCAAACCAGAUCUGCAAGCCCUAGCAACAUCAAAGCUCAGUUCAGGCAAUCAUGGCCAACAAAAAUCGAUGUACCCCAGGACCUGGAGGAUGACCUUACAGCUUCUCCUCUCUCCCAUGCAACUGUUCCUCAGUCUCCAGCUCGCACUGCUGAAAAUGUUCUUAAUGGUCACAGAAGUAAGGCACUUGGCGAUUCAGCAAAGAAAGAGGAUAUCCCUGAAUUAGCUGGGCCAGCACUUUCAGUGGUUCCUUCAGUGAGCUUAAAACCCACUACUAGUGGGCGGAAGUGCUUGUUUAGAGUAGAAGAAGAUGAAGAGGAAGAUGAAGAAGAUAAGAAACCCAUUUCUCUUUCAACUCAAGUUGUUUUGCGCCGCAAGCCUUCAGUUACAAAUCGUCUCACUUCCAGGAAGAGUGCACCAGUCCUCAAUCAAAUCUUUGAGGAAGGGGAGUCUGAUGAUGAGUUUGACAUGGAUGAGAACUUACCCCCAAAGCUUAGCAGGUUAAAAAUGAAUAUUGCUUCACCUAGCACAGUGCAUAAGCGCUACCACAGAAGGAAAAGCCAGGGUCGGGGGUCUAGUUGCAGUAGCUCAGAAACUAGUGAUGACGACUCAGAAAGUAGGAGACGGCUAGAUAAAGAUAGUGGGUUUACAUACUCCUGGCAUAGACGGGAUAGUAGUGAAGGGCCACCUGGAAACCAAGGAGAUGGUGGUGGACAGAGCAAACCAAGCAAUGGAAAUGGAGGCGUAGACAAAACAAGCCCUAGUGAUAACAACAAAAGUGGGGGAAGUCCCUCCACGGGCUCCGGUGGUAGCACUAAUAACACUUCAGGUUCUACUCGUAGAUGUGCUGGAUCUGGAAACUCAAUGCAGUUAUCUUCUAGAAGUGCAGGGGACCUUGUUGAAAGCCUAAAAUUGAUGAGCCUUUGCUUAGGUUCCCAGAUUCAUGGCAGCACUAAAUACAUUAUUGAUCCUCAAAACAAUCUGUCAUUUUCCAGUGUGAAAGUGCAAGAGAAAUCAAUGUGGAAAAUGUGCAUAAGUUCUAGUGGGAGUGCAAACCCAGCUUCAUCUUUGGGCAGCAUAAAAUUCUUUUCUGACCACAUGUCAGACACAGCAAAUGAGUUGGAACGGAUAAAGAGUAAGAACUUGAAAAAUAACGUGCUACAACUACCUCUCUGUGAAAAGACUAUAUCUGUGAAUAUUCAGCGGAACCCCAAGGAGGGACUGCUGUGUACCUCCAGUCAAACUAGUUGUUGUCAUGUCAUUUGA